GUCUUCUCUUCGUCUUCGUUCUUUGUUUUUUUUUCUGGUCUGAGAAAUCGAUGGGGACAACAAAUCGGAUGGGGAUCAUUUUCGGUGGUGUAUAUGAAACGUGGUUGCUAUCAAGGAGAUCGCCAUGGAAAUUGCGACGUCGGGGAUUUUCAUCUCGAGGAAGAUCAGUCACCCCAACGUCAUCCGCUUCGUCGACAUGAUCGAGGUUCGUCUUCUUUUGCUCUUCUUGACAUGAUUGAGGAUGUUGUUAGCUUGUACAUCUUUCUUGGACCAGCUUCACCACAACAGCUACGUAGGGAAAGGAUAGCUGAAAGGAUCAUGGCGCUUCAAGAACUUGUACCCACUGUUAACAAGGUCUCUAUCUUUCACCUUCUCUACGGCAGCGCAAGAUGCUGGAUUCAGAUACUAUGGAGACUCGUCUCUUGCUUUUGCAAGUGGAGCCAAGACACACAUGUGACAUCUAAAAAGACAGUAGCAUGUGACACAAAUGAACAACAAUCUGAUCCAAUCUCAGUUCCAUGUUUGUUCUUUUUCUAUCACUUCUUGUCUCUUGAACUUUGUUGUCAAAACGAAACAUUGUGCUUGAUUAUUAGUGUUUGUGAAACAUAGGCCAUGAACAUUUGA